AUGGCAUCCUCCGACGCCCCUGUGGACGCGUCCACCCAACCAGCCACGCUGCUCGUCGAAGAGAUACCCAAAUUCGACCUCGAUCUCUACCUCCAAAACUAUACCGGACGAACCAGGUUCGAUCGUCUACUAUUAAUAGGAAAGACUUGCCUGCCUCUGCGGCUCGAUGCAUUGAAGGGUGCAGUCGCGGAAGCAAAGAGCGGUAGAGAUGUAUCUCAGUACAAAUUGGCAUGGGACUCCGUCCGCAAGCUGGCUCCCAACGAGCCCGAGGCCAUCAGAGAUGAAGCUUGGAUCGCAGCCACAGAGAAGUCCAACAAGGUUGAGACGCAGCGUCUCGAAUCCCAGCUCAAGGGUUAUAAAAACAAUCUCAUCAAAGAAAGCAUAAGGAUGGGUAACGAAGACCUCGGUCGUCAUCUCGAGGCUAUAGGCAAACUCAACGAAGCCAGCGACGCUUAUGGCCGCAUGCGACAAGAUGUGAGCUCCACAAGACAGAUCCUCGAAUGCUCGGUGCAUCUGGUCAAUGUAUCGCUUUAUCGCCGAGACUGGAACAUGGUUCUCAGCAACCUUGGCAAAAUCUCGGGCAUGGGCACGGCCGAGGAUGGGCAAGGAGUGCCGACAUUUUUUCGUGUCAUGUCAGGCAUUGCUCACCUGAGCCUGGGUAACUAUGCAGAGUCGGCCAAGUCCCUGCUAGCCGCCAAUAACUCCGCUUCUCCAACUCAUUACAGUCAUGUCGCUACUCCCAACGAUGUCGCCGUCUAUGGUGGCCUGACGGCACUUGCCACCAUGGAUAGAACUGAGCUUCACCGUCUCGUGCUAGAAAACCAGACAUUUCGAGCAUUCCUGGAGCAUGAACCGCACAUCCGCAAAGCCUUGAGCUUGUUCGUCGGGGGCCGUUACUCCAGCUGCCUCUCCAUUUUGGAGUCCUACCGCCCAGACUACCUUUUGGACAUAUACUUACACGAACAUGUCAAAGAGCUCUACAGUCGUAUACGCACAAAGUGUAUCGUGCAAUACUGUGUUCCUUUUUCGCGCAUUACUUUAGAUAGCCUCGAAGCGUCGUUCGGGCUGUCGGGAGGAUCUAUCGAGGAUGAGCUCAUCACAAUGAUUCGCAAAGACCAUCUGAACGCACGCAUCGACGCCAGAAACCAGUUACUUCUUGCGGUUCAGCCAGAUCCUCGUGCAGAAAUGCAAGAAAAUGCCUUGAAAAUGGCGAAAAAAUUUGAGAGCGAAGCCACCGAGCAUCUGCGACGUGCGAGCAUCAUGUCCGCGGGGUUGGUGGUGGUGGGUAGCAGGAGUGAGCACUCUGGACCUCCAGAGGAAUGGUUCGACGACCCGCGCCAAAUGGCUGUUAUGGAAGAAACAAUGGCAGUCAAAAUUAAGGAGGCACAGUAG